UUAUUGAUGUGGUUCUAUUUAUUUUUUGUAUUAAUAUAAUAUUAUUAUGAUAUUCCUCAAAAAAUUGAUCAGGGACUUUUUUAUGUUGGUAUUGAUUUUGCUUUUGAAUCGUGUUCAAAUCAACGGUUGCUAGAUAAACAAAACAAUGAACGAUUUUAUUGAAAAAUUAAAUACGCAAAUUAUAAUUUGUAAGAAAUUUUUGGAAACAUUAGAUUCCAAUAUAUUAAUUAAAGAAAAUGUGCUGAAAUGGUUUCAAGAAUUGUGCUUAAAUUUUACAAAUAUUACAACUUUGAUUGUGGAAUUUAAGAAAUCUCUGCUGGAAACUACACAUAAAGAAUCAAAACAAACAUUAUUUCUACAUUUAAAACAAUGUUCAACUUUAUUGUGCCUGUUAGUAAACAUAUUUGUGAAAGAAACUGAAAUAUCAGAACCCCUAACGGAGGCAAGAAAUUUUGUAACAAAACAACUGUUUUGGUGUUUGGAUGGUAUUUGUAACUCAUUGCAAAACAAGGUCUGCGAUGAUCCAUCCAAUAAUUUUAUUUCAUGGAUGGACAAAUCACUAGAUAAGUUAGCUGAAAUUUAUGAUGCUGAAGGGAGGGAGAUGCAAAUUGUGACCGAAGCCAAAUUGCUCAUUGAAGAAGUAUUGUGUCAUGCCAUGUCGAUAUCCCAAAUAGCUUUACCAGUUGAUCAAAAGAUUAUCAAAGGAAGCAGCCAAGCUGUUUUAAAUUCAUUAGAGCAAUUAAUUAAUGAAAUAUCAGAACCUCUAAAAAACAAGGCUAUGGUUAACUUAUUUGCUGAUAGUUGUAAUGAUAAAUUAUGUGCAUUAGAAAGCAAAGUCAACACAGCCGUUUUAAGACUAAGUUUACAGGUAUUCUCUGAGUAUACCCAAGCUUUACAGGAAAUCCAUGACUUUUGCUUCAACAGAGAAAAUAGAGGACAAACUGACAAGUUGGAUGUACUAGUUGCUGACUUUGAUAUGCAUAUUGACAGAAUUAUGCAGAUUGGUCUAUUUGCAGUUUCAGUAACAAGUCCUACAGAAAGAAUAGUUAAGAUUAGAAGUUGUUUAGCUAGUUUGGAAGGAUUAGAGAGUGAAUUAAUACCAGCAUUAACAGCAGUACUUCAAGAUGAUUCAGUACAUAAUGUUAACUUUGCACUUACAUUAGAAAAGCACUGGAUACAGGAAUCUAAAAUAUUACAGGAGCUGAUUUUUUUGAUCAUUGAUCCUCUUGCUUUUUGUCAGGUAAUUUACGAGGAAAACAAACAAAUAAUUGAGAAAUUAUCUGAAAUAGUAGAUAAAGGUAUAAAUCGAAAAGUAAUUGAACCCUUCAUCAAAAAUUCCACAGUUCUAAAGGAUUUCAUGCCAAUAGCAAUCAAAGAAUCUGAAGAAUCUAAUAAUGUUGAACAAGGCAUAAAAGAUGGUAAAAUCAAGAACUCUCUUACAAAUUUUAAAACUGUUUUUUAUGAAUUGAAAGCAGCCUGUAAAACUUUUCUAACUGACAAUAUAAACUCAUCAAAUCUUGGUAGUACAAAAAUUUUAAAAAGAUGCAGAGUGUUGAUGACUUGCAUUAAGGACAUGAGGACUUACUAUGUACAGCAUGAAAUUCCGCAGUGCACUGAUACAGAUUUACCAGAAGAUACUGCCAAAGAGGUGGAAGCUCCCAAAACAUUUUUUGAACAUAUUGUGAACAGAGGAAACCAAAUUUUAAAAGAUCGCAGCAUACUUUACCGCAGUUCCAUAAAGACUAGCGAGGAUGUGAGACUAACUGCUGUUAAAAAAAUAAAUAUUAUGAAAGGCCAACGAAAUAAGUCUCUUCCUUUAUCUAAAUUGGUUCAUUUAAAAAAGUUUAGUGCUUUAGACGUUAGGAGUAAAUUAGACUUAAAUGAGGACAACAGCCAAAUAUCUGAUAUACUUCAAGAUUUAUCACAAGUAUCUCAUUAUUUACAUGAAGCAACGUAUUGAUUUUAUAAAAUCUUACAAAAGAAACUGUGAUUUCAAUGCUGAUUUUAUUUGAUAUGUAUGAAAAGGGUGGUGAAGUUGAUUAAUAUUUAGUGUUCCAUUAUAAAAAUGUUUCAAUUCACUUGACAAUUAUGUUUAUAUAUAAAAUAUGUUUUAUAUUUUAGAUGUUAUAUAUUUUUUAAUCAAUAAA